GCGAGUUGGGCAAAAGAGGAGGAGCGAGGUGACGCAGGCGUAAUAAUAGAGAAGGUGCCAGAAAGAUCCAAAACAAGUGGCUGCGGCCGUCGCCCAGAAGUCAUCGGACGCUGGAAUCUGGGGUCCGAGGGUCACUUUUGAAAGGUGGGAUGUUGGAGCUAGCUGGAAGGCACUAGUGGACAGAAUCCAAGGGCUACGUCCGGACGUUUGCCAUCCAGAGUCACCGAUCAGUGGACAAGGUGCCCUGCAAUGGGCCAUGUACUCAUUCGAGCUGAUCGCCUAGGUCAAUCGGUGGCAAGUUCGGAACGUACCACCCAGAGAGAGGGGCAUCUGGGCUUGGCCCUUCCGACUGAUCGGUGGACCGGUGGGGUCUAGCGUCUCGACCUGUUACUAUGGGAUCUCGGGCGAUACCAUUUGUGUCCGUGGGAGGGAGAGAGGCUGAGACCGUUGAGGCUGUGGGGGCGACUCUGCCCGGAGACACCUCGCGGAGCCCACGCGCUGGCCUCUGUGGGCUCUGGGCCACUGUGUCGCUGACCACGACCUCCUCCCCGCCGUGUGGGUUCUAGGCCCUGGUUCUGAGCUUGUUCCGCACCCCUCCCCUGGGAAUGGCGUUGUCCGGGUCGACCCCGGCCCCGAGCUGGGAGGAGGAUGAGUGUUUGGAUUACUACGGCAUGCUGUCGCUUCACCGUAUGUUCGAGGUAGUGGGCGGGCAGCUGACCGAGUGCGAACUGGAGCUCCUGGCCUUCCUGCUGGAUGAGGCCCCCGGCGCCCCCGGUGGCCUGGCCCGCGCCCGCAGUGGCCUGGAGCUGCUUCUGGAGCUGGAACGCCGCGGGCAGUGCGACGAGAGCAACCUGCGGCUGCUGAGCCAACUCCUGCGCGUGCUAGCCCGUCACGACCUACUGCCACAUCUGGCGCGCAAGCGGCGCCGGCCAGUAUCCCCUGAGAGAUACAGCUAUGGCAAUCCCAGCUCUUCUUCCAAGAGGACAGAGGACAGUUCCCGGCGUCGGCGACAGACUAGCAGUUCUCCCGAUUCUCCUCAGAGUCGGUGGGACACAGGCUCCCCACCAACCAAGCGGCAGCGUCGGAGUCGGGGCCGCCCUAGUGGUGCCCGGCAGCGGCGGAGAGCGGACCUGGCAGCCUUGCAGCAGCACCAGCAGCAACAGGAGCUGGGCAGGCCCUCCUCAGAAGGCAAGGUGACCUGUGACAUCCGGCUCCGGGUUCGGGCAGAGUACUGUGAGCACGGGCCAGCCUUGGAGCAGGGCGUGGCAUCCCGGAGACCUCAGGCGCUGGCCCGGCAGCUGGACGUGUUUGGACAGGCCACUGCUGUGCUUCGGUCAAGGGACCUGGGCUCUGUGGUGUGUGACAUCAAAUUCUCGGAGCUCUCCUAUCUGGAUGCCUUCUGGGGUGACUACCUGAGCGGUGCUCUGCUGCAGGCCCUUCGGGGCGUGUUCCUGACUGAGGCCUUGCGGGAGGCCGUGGGCCGAGAGGCCGUCCGCUUGCUGGUCAGCGUGGACGAGGCUGACUAUGAGUCUGGCCGGCGCCGCCUGUUGCUGAUGGAGGAGGAAGGGGGGCGGCGUGGGACAGAGGCCUCCUGAUCCCGGGUCUGCCAGGACCGACCCCACCUCCAAGUCUCCGGGCCACCAGAAAGACGAUCAUCUCGCUCCCAGACGACUGUCACUCAGCGGCUCAAGGGCGGCAUCGGGACGGCAGGUUCCGUGAUAGCCUCUACGAUGUGGGCUUUGAGGCAUAAACCACUUUCAGCUGCUUCCAUCCUAAAUUCCCCACUCCCAGGUGGAUCCCCUCAGCUUUGGGGGCCGAGGAUCACAGAGCCCCGAAGCAGGGAGACAUAGCCCCCCUGCACAUCGUGUCUCUCACCCUGGGCUGAUGCUGGCUGGCCCCACACGCUUUAGCCUAAGGGCUACUCUCUCAGGAUCUCAGAUUUACUGUCCCCACGUGGGUUUCAGCCACAGCAGUGGGCUCUGGAGCUGGGGCGCCCAUGGGCGUGCUCACCUUGCCCCUUCAUCUAACCAACCCGGGCUCUGCCAGCGGCACACAGACAGCCAACUCUCGUCACCUUCCCCUGCUCUCUGGAACGAGACAGACCUGCCCAAGGCUCCUUUAACCCAGACUGUCACGUGGGCUUCGUGGCCACAUCAGAUCAAGAGCAGCUGUUUCGGACAGAGCUAGGACCAGAGCCAGCUGCUUUCUCGUGAAGGGAAGGCGAGGACUUGGGCUGAUGGGAAGGUGUUUCACAAACUGCGCCAAUAAAACUGCCCUGGAAAGGGCAUAGUUGGGCAUCGAG